ACUCGCUCGGCAGCUUCCAGAGGUGGCGGUUGUGCUAUGAAGGCAGACCCUGCCAAGCUGGCCGACAAGAUGCUGCGUACCCCCAAGUGCUCGCGGUGCCGGAACCACGGUUUCCUGGUGCCGGUCAAGGGCCACGCGGGCAAGUGUCGCUGGAAGCAGUGCACCUGCGAGAAGUGCUACCUGAUCACUGAGCGCCAGAAGAUUAUGGCAGCACAGAAGGUGCUCAAGAAGCAGGCCUCCGAGGAGGAGCAGGAGAUGGCCCUUGGCGCACACGGGCCGGAGCUGUUGUCUGGGGCUGCGGCCGCUGUCCCGGGCCCAAGCCUCCGCCAGCUGCUUCCGCUGGCUGUUUCGGGAGACCGGGAGCUUGGCCCGGAGUGCCGCGUGGCCGCGGGCUUCCCCGAGAGGCCUCCGCGGGGCCCGAGCCCAGGCCCGAGCGCCUUCCAGCCAGUUCUGGGCAGCCGCGGCCACGUGGGGCUGAGCGAACGAGCCACCGUCGCUAUGCCCAGUUCCGUGGGGCCCCAACUUGGGGCGGAGGCCGCAGGCAAGGGCUACCCCGGCCGCUUGGAGCUGCGCAGGCCGCUGCGGCCCAUGCCCAGCCCGCCGUUCGCCGACUUCGGGUUCCCUCUGAGCAUCAGCUCAGACUGUGUGGUGGGGUCCGAGUACCUGGAAAGAGACCCUUCUAAGCUGUACCCCAGCUGUUCCAACAUGCAUUCUUACUGCCCAUUCCCACUGGGCUAUCAAGAUGGCUCCCCAACCCCAGGGAUCCCUCUGCAGCGGGGCUUCCGGCAUGUGUCCUGCAGCCACUUCCAUGGAGGGGCCUUGGUGCCCGAGCCGGUGGGAGACUACCAGCCCAGCUACUACCCUCCGCCGCCGCCCCCGCCGCCGCCGCAGCCGCCGCAGCCUCAGUUUCUCCCGCCGGGGUUCCUGUCUGCGCUGCACUUCCUGCCGCCGCUGCCGCCACCGCCGCCCCCGGCAUCCUUCUCUCUCACUGUCCUAUCUGAUACGGACAAGGAAACCACUGAUGACCAGGAGCAGGAUGCCGAAGUGCCUGCAGCGCCGCCCUGUGAGCCCAGCCAGCCGCCCUCUCAGAAGCCGUCUGACUAGGCCCAGGCCCUCGGGCCAGCAGGGUGGGGGUGGGGGGUGUUCCAGCAACGAUGUUCUCGUCCACUUUCAGCCAUGUGUAGGGAGGAAGGAUAGUGGUGGGUGUAAGAUGGCAGUUCAUUUCCAUUUCAAGACAGGAGGGAGGAGGGUGAUUUCUAAAGUUCUCUCGAUUCUGAGAUGUGGGAUUGACCAGGAGCGUGGAGGAUGGUUAGCAGGGGAGGGCCAGGGCUCUGAGGAUCACGGGGCUGGUGGAAGCUCACAUUUAGGAAUGAAUUUAACCAAGUCUGGGUUGUGCGGCUGUUAAACUCACUCCCAGAUGCCGUCUUUGAUUUCCUCAGGCCCCGCUUCAGGACAGGAGGCAGCAUCUAGUCCAGCCUUCUGCUUCUGCCUCUGUUUGGUCCCAACUGGGAGCAGCACAGACACCAAGCCCCCAGCACAUCCAGGUGGUCGGUGUGGGCAGCAGGACCCUGAGCACUGAUAGCCAGUUCCACAGCGUUCUUCCCUGCUGCUCUGGCCCGCAAGGGCUGCUUGGCCACUGCCCUCGCCCCAUCUCCAAGGGGCUUCUCUAAGCAUUCUGACCGCUGGGGCUGCUUCAUCUCCCCUCCAUAGUUUAAGCCAUUAUAGGCAUUAUUUCUGGUUUGAAAAAAAUCUAUUACAGUUUGACUAUUUGAUAUUUUUAUAAUGAUUGCCAACUUUAAAAAGUAGGCUGUUCCUAAGCAUUGAUGCAAUUCUCAGAGAGUAGAAUGUGCUUCUAAACCAUCUCUGUAUCCACUUCCUCUCUGGGGUCAGUUGACUGUUGAAAUAAAAUAAGCAGUAGAAA